AUGGAGACCGUGGUCAUUGUUGCCAGAGGUGUGAUGGCCACCAUCUUUCUGGAGGCCACCCUUUGCAGCCUCGGUGGUGGCUGGCUUGCAGGACUGCUGUCUGUAAAGUGCUAUGGCCGGCCUGGGGACCUGCUGCAGUGCUAUGAUCCCACGCCCAUCGUGGAUCUCAUUGGGGCCAUGGAGACCCAGUCCGAGCCGUCUGAACUGGAACUGGACGAUGUCAUCACCAGCAACCCCCACAUCGAGGCCAUUCUGGAGAAUGAAGACUGGAUUGAAGAUGCCUCGGGUCUCAUGUCCCACUGCAUUGCCGUCUUGAAGAUCUGUCACCCUUUGACAGGGAAGCUUGUUGCCAUGACAAUGGGCUCUGGGGCCAAGAUGAAGAAUUCAGCCAGUGUCAGCGACAUCAUCGUGGUGGCCAAGCGGAUCAGCCCCAGAGUCGAUGAUGUUGUGAAAUCAAUGUACCCUCCGCUGGACCCGAAACUGCUGGACGCUCGGACAACUGCCCUGCUCCUGUCUGUCAGUCAUCUGGUGCUGGUGACCAGGAAUGCCUGCCACCUGAGCGGGGGCCUGGACUGGAUUGACCAGUCACUGUCAGCCGCCGAGGAGCACUUGGAAGUCCUUCGAGAAGCAGCCCUGGCUUCUGAGCCAGACAAGGGCCUCCCAGGCCCUGAGGGCUUCCUGCAGGAGCAGUCUGCCAUUUAGUACCCACUGCUGUCUGUGGGUGGCCCAGCUGAGCCUUCCCCUUUUCUGUAUUUGGUGGUUUCACACGGCUUGGGAGCCCCGCUGUGUGCAGAGUAGAGCAGGAGUGCCCCUGUGAGUGGACACCUCUGUUGCAGCUGCAGUUGCAGUUGCAGUUGCAGUGCUGGCUGGAGAGUGGCAGUCUAACACCACAGUUAAGGGAGACGUCUCCCUCUGCGCACCAGGCC